AUGCCUGACAACAUCAACGCCCGCGAUGCCCUGGUCAAUCGCCAGCUGCCGGAGAUGCAGCUAUCGGACGGCUCGGCCGCCUCGAUGACCGGCCCGCCGCCACCAGCGCCUCAUUACCUGAACGCCGAGGGCCGCGCCCGCUACCGUUUCUCUGUCGAGGGCAAUGCCAUAUUAACCGGUGGUGCUGGGACGCUGGCGCUAGAAGGCGCUCGCGCGCUUCUCGAACAUGGUGCGAGCGGUGUGGCGCUUUUCGACAUCAAUCCAGCCCACGCCGCCGAGCAGAUCGAGAUGUUGCGGGCGGAUUUCCCGGACCAGAAGAUCGUGGCUAAGGAAGUGGAUGUAACCGACCCACAGAGCAUCGACACUGCCGUGAAAGCAACCACAGAAGAGCUUGGCAGCGUCGACAUCCUUGCCUGCUACGCUGGCGUUGUGGGAUGCACCCACGCCUUGGACAUGUCGCUAGACGAAUGGCGCCGAGUCAUGGACAUAAACUCCACUGGUGCUUUCCUCUGCGCCCAAGCUGUUGCCAAGCAGAUAGUGGACCAGAAGACCAAGGGCUCCAUCAUCCUCAUAGCCUCCAUCUCUGCACACCACGUCAACUUCCCACAACCUCAAGUAGCGUACAAUGUGUCCAAAGCUGCGGUCGUUCACUUGAAAAACUGUCUCGCCGCUGAAUGGGCUCGGUACGGUAUUCGCGUGAACACUAUUAGCCCGGGCUACAUGGACACCAUUCUCAAUGAAGGUCCUGGCAUAGAGAAAGCGCGCAACAUGUGGGCUGCUCGCAACCCGAUGGGACGCAUGGGAGUCCCAGAGGAGCUUGCUGGGCCUCUCAUCCUGCUUGCUUCGAACGCCGGUAGCUUCAUCAACGGCGCUGAUCUCCUCGUGGACGGUGGCGCCAUGGUUCUGUAG